UUUUUAUUUUAAACUGCAGAUUUUCUUGGGAAGUGGUGGCCCAUGAAACAAUUUCAUUCUUGGGGACUGAUGCCCCUAAGCAAGUACUCCUUUUUUAAAGUAGAAUGAAUGUCUUUGAUACCUCUGCAUUAGCCAGAUUGGACAUAUGUAAAGAGAGACAUCAGUAUAUCUGGAUUAUCAGAUUUUAUGGCCUUCUCUCAUACUAUCAGAUCUUAAAUAAGAUUAUGUGUUGGUGAAUCAUGUUAUUCUUGGUCUCUGGCCUCUUAAACAGGUUGUGCUUUAAGAAGACUAUAGGGGAAGAACAAAUUUUCUUCUUGCUGCAAAAGUUGCAAUAGAAAAUCUGAAGAUUUGAAGGGACCAAUGAGCAUUCUAAUCAUUGAGGCAUUCUAUGGAGGAUCCCAUAAACAGCUGGUGGAUCUUCUUCAAGAAGAGUUAGGAGACUGUGUCCUUUAUACCCUUCCUGCAAAGAAAUGGCAUUGGCGAGCACGGACAUCAGCUUUGUACUUCUCACAGAAUAUUCCUGCCAGUGAGCAUUACAGGAUCCUCUUCGCGAGUUCAGUGCUUAACCUGACCGAACUGGUUGCCCUUCGGCCUGACCUUGGGAAAUUGAAAAAGAUUCUGUACUUCCAUGAGAACCAGUUGGUAUAUCCUGUCAAGAAAUGUCAGGAAAGAGAUUUCCAAUAUGGAUACAACCAAAUUCUCUCAUGCCUGGUGGCUGAUGUGGUCGUGUUCAACUCAGUUUUUAACAUGGAGUCAUUUCUCACUUCUAUUGGGAAAUUUAUGAAGCUGAUUCCUGAUCACAGACCCCAGGGGCUGGAAAGCAUCAUCAGACCCAAGUGCCAGGUUCUUUACUUUCCCAUCAGGUUUCCUGAUGUGAGCAGAUUCUCUGAAAAGAAAUGCUGCUUCUUUGUUUCUUACCUUCUAAGAUUCUUGCCCCAACACAAAGCACUCCAUUUACAGAAGAUACUCAGCCUUAAAGAAAAUGGCACUGCUGCUCAAUCCAUGGCCCUUCCAUUCCAAGAGGAGCAGACAGGGUCUGAGAAUUUAUUGAAGAGUCUUGAUGCAGAGUCUGGACCCUGUGAUGUUACACAACAAGAACACCUGGGUAGCUCAGCAAGGCAGGAGUCGUACUUGAAAACAUUCAGUGCAUCGGAUAAUUCAAGCUCUCAUCAUGAGGAAAACAAACAAAAUCCAUGUGACGUUUUGCGUGGAGCUGACGAUCACCAAAAACCAUUACAUAUUGUUUGGCCUCACAGGUGGGAGCAUGAUAAAGAUCCAGAGAGUUUUUUUAAGGUAUUGAUGCAUCUUAAGGACUUGGGACUCAACUUCCACGUAUCUGUCCUUGGAGAAACCUUCUCAGAUGUCCCAGAUAUAUUUUCAGUGUCCAGAAAGGCCUUGGGAUCUUCUGUCUUACACUGGGGCUACUUACCCAGCAAAGAUGACUAUUUCCAAGUACUGUGCAUGGCUGAUGUUGUCAUCUCAACAGCUAAGCAUGAAUUCUUUGGAGUGGCAAUGUUGGAAGCUGUGUAUUGUGGUUGUUACCCACUAUGUCCCAAAGAUUUGGUUUAUCCCGAGAUAUUUCCAGCUGAAUAUCUGUAUUCUACACCUGAACAGCUUUCAAAAAGGCUCCAGAAUUUCUGCAAGAGACCAGAUAUUAUAAGAAAACAUCUCUAUAAGGGUGAAAUGGCUCCUUUUUCUUGGGCAGCCCUACAUGGUAAAUUCAGGUCUCUGCUCACAACAGAACCUAGGGAAGAUUUGUGACAGAUGGGGCUAAGUCACAAACUUGCAGCCUAAGGCAGAAUCUGUAGAACUUUCCAGAGUGUGCCCAUAUUUACCUGAUCAGAGAGAAAAGAAAAUCUGCAGAGGAAGCUGAGCCUGGCUGCUUGUCAUAGCUGACACAGAGCCAUCUGCCACAAACCUGUGGCGGCUUCAGAUCUCCAAUCCCUGCCACCACCCCAACUCAAAUUAAAUACAGAUUCCUAGAGACGUUAUGAUGGUUACACAUGUCCUCGGCAUCGCAUGGAGGAGACUGUUCAAAAAAAAUAUGUGGCCUGUUGUAUAACCGCACUCAUGUAUCCCAUAUGUGGUGCCACAUUGAAUUUCCGGUUGAAUCCGUUUUUAUCCUUUGUACUGGAUGACAUGGUGCCUGAAUUCUUUCUUUUUGCCGACACGAUGGCAGCCAAACUGCAGCUUCAAACGCUUUCACUUGGCUGGGUUUCUACCUAGGUUGCCAGGUUAUCAAUGGAGCCUUCUUGUGUCCUCAAAGGGCCACAGGGGCGGAAAGGAGGAUCAGAAUGCCACCGACUAAUUGGGCAGCCAUCUCCGAAUUGUUUGUGGGCAAAGGGCUGCUUUAGCACUUUUCUUUUAGCAAAUUAAUGACUCCCUGGCACAGGGGUUUUUAAGUGAAGGUAGUAAGGGGUCUGGCAGGUAUUCCCAUGAUUCACAGAGUUACAUUUGCAUUUAAUUUAUCUUAAAGAAAGUUGUAAGAUAAACAGCUGUAAUUCAGACAAACAUGGGAAAUACACUAAGUGGGCCAUCUUGCUCAUAAAAUGAACACUGAGAUACUUGUUUUCAUUUUUUUCCAGGGAUAAAAAUAGACAAAUCAAAAUAAUUCUAACAAAACCAGUAAUCUUGAUAUAAAUAUCCAUCAAAAAUAUUUGCAUCCAGCUACAAAUACAAUCUUUUCAAGAUAAAUCACUUAUGAUUCCAAUAGUAAAGCUGCUGUAUUUGUUGAUGUAAAGAUGUUUUGAUUGGCUAGAUUGUAAAAUAAAUUUUUAAUAAAGUGCCCACUGCAAUUUUUAAUUAACAUAUCUCAUUUCCGUGUAAGUGUAUACAUCAUCUAUCUGUAUGUUUCUCUCUGAACACUUUGCUUGUGUCGGAGACAACGAACACAAUUGUUUCUUUUCCGGAUGAACAAGGAUCUGUUUUGCAAAUGUUUGUAAGAUAUUAUGACAUUUCCAAGAUUUUCUUUGCAUUCUGGAAAGCAGGAGGUAAACAUUUGUAGUCAUUAAGGUAAAGUCUGUUGAUAAACCAUCUUCUGUUUACUGACAGGUAAAUUGUAACUUUCCUAGCUUUUGAAAUGAAUAGCUUCUAUAAGCUGCAGAGUGAGGAGCAGCCAGGGAGAGGAGGGAAGACAAGGGCCAAGUUUGGCUCUCUGGCUUCUAGAAGGAUUAAGUAGUCUAGCAGGCAUCCAAGAUAGAGCGGGCACUGGUUCCAAAGUCUAGUAGAAGCCAUUUGACAGGUAGCAAAAGUGUAAGCAGGAACUAGAUCAAGGUCAGGGGGCCAGAUAGAACCCUCCAGAGAAAAGCAAUCUUGCAGAUCAGAAAAAGCAGGAGUUCAGUGCCCAUGAAGCUAGGGAAUUUAAAAGCAAGACAAGUAAGAAGCAGAAACAGCAAGCUCUGUCUUUACACAGAGUCCUCUCCAGAACCAGUGUGAGAGACAUAUGUAUCAUGGAAAUGACAGCAGAGGCUUGGAGUCCUUGCCUUCUGAGAAGUCACUGAACAAAUUACCCCCUGACCCAUAAAACAAAAGGCUCAAGAAUUAUUUGAGAAGUCCUUCUGGUCUGAGAAUCUAUCAGGUGUGCUCCUUUUGAGUGCAAAAGUUAAGAUGUAAAUAUGCCUAGGAGGUUCUUAGCCUCCUCCUGAGCAGGUUUUAUCCUCAAAAAUGAGAUGCUUCAGUCAGAAGGGUGCCGGGUCAUAGCUCAUGUCUCUCAAAAUAAUAAUAUAUUCUCACCACCAAGAAACAGUGCUUAGUUUACUGUGCUUUACUCUCCUGAAAACGAGCUUACAUUUUAAAGUAAACAAGAUACUAUAUGCACAGCUAUCCAUAUAUGUUUUCUCACUAAUUGGUGGGAAAACAACAUUAAUUACCAUUCAGAUAGUACAUCCAAAACAUUUAAAUAUAUUCUUGAUUUUGGCAAAUACUAUAUUGCAAGUUACCUGUACAUGACGAUUUUUUUUUCUGUAUUCAUAAGUUCUUGUCUUUAGCUGUGAUCAGCAUUCCUUCAAGAAUAAAAGUUUAAAGUUGUCA